AUGAAUUCCAAACCGAAGGCGGUGAAUCUGCGAGGGGGAUCCCUCAACCCGCGGCCCUCGACCUCGCACGAGAAGCGCCCCGCCAAGAAGAAGAACCGCGUCGUGAUCACCGAGUCGCUGCGCGCGACGGAUGCGGAGAAGCACGCGACCUCGCGCUCCCUCUACGGCGACCACGCCGCCCGGAUCUCGAGCAAUAUCUACCACAUCAACGACCGGGUCCGCCAGCGCGCCUACGAGGCCGUCUUCCGCAGUAUUAAAGGCAAAACCGUCCUCAACCUGGGCUGCGGGAUGGGGCUGUACGCGAUGUUGGCGGCGCGGCGGGGGGCGCGGCACGUCGUGGCCGUCGACACCUCCGCCGUGGUCGACGCCGCGCGGGUGGUGGCGGGGCAAAACCACCUGCCAAACCUCACUUUCCUGCGCGGCCGCCUGGGCGAGAUCCGGGCCGACCUCCCCUUCGCCCAGUUCGACCUCAUCCUCUGCGAGUGGGUGGGCGCGCUGCUGGUGAACGAGGCCGUCUUGAUGGACGUCCUGUACGCGCGCGACCACCUGCUCGCCCCAGGGGGGGUGAUCUGCCCGAACCGCUCCUCCCUCCACGUGGUGGGGGUCUCCGACUACCCUUUUACGCUGGAGUCGAACGACUUCUGGGAGAACGUCUACGGCUUCCGCAUGGCCCCGAUGCGGCGCCUGGUGGAGAAGGAGGUGGAGGUCUGCCGGGUCCCCGCGGCGAACCUCGCGACGAGCGUCGCCCUCGCCCACACCAUCACGCUGGAGGAGCUGCCGGGGCUGACGCCGGAGGAGCGCGCGGCCUACGAGGGCGCGCCCCCCGGGGAGGCCCAGCCGGGGGAGAAUCCGGUCGUGCCGACGUGGAAGCCCUCGCAGGUGAUGCGGGCGGGGUUCUCCUCCGAGUUUCAGCUCCGCGCGACCGGGCCGGGGACGCUGCACUACCUGACCUUCUACGUGGACGCCGUUUUUACCAGCCCGAGCGACGUGGGCGCGAACUUCGUGAUUGGGAUUCGCCCGGGCGGGGUGAACGCGUGGACGGAGGUGAGCGUCUUCCUCAAAGAGGCCCUCCCGGUGGUCGCGGGGGAGACCAUCUACUGCCGCCUGAUCACGGACACGACGGAGGCCCGAAUAACGCGGAUUAAGGUCUGGGCGAAGACCGAAGGGAAGGUCAGCGCGGUCGAGACGGAGGGGGAGUAUUUCUAUCGAACCCUUUAA